CCUCUGAUUGUCUGUGGACCGUCCGGGGUCGGCAAGGGUACAAUCAUUCAGCGAUUCAUGGAGCAACGGGGUGGCGACCAAUUCUUUGCGUUCACGACGUCACACACCACAAGAGCUCCCCGGGAAGGUGAAGUCGAUGGGGUUCACUAUCACUUUGUCUCGAGCGAACGAAUGCACGAAUUUCUGGCGCAAGACUACUUUGUCGAAUCCGCACACGUACACGGAAACUACUACGGCACAUCUUGGCAAUCCCUGCGAGACGUUCAGCAAGCAUCUAUUAAUACCAAUACCGACACCUCUCGUUCUAUGAAACGACCCUUGAUGGAUAUCGACGUACAGGGUGUGCAAAACAUCAAGAUUCUCGAGAAGAAGCCUCCUCUAGGGAUACUACUGCGCCCCCAGUAUAUUUUCAUUGCGCCACCUUCAAUUGCGGAGUUGCAGGUAAGACUCGUGGGUAGGGGUAGCGAAAGUCCCGAAACAAUUCAAAAGAGAGUAGGAAAUGCCGCCAAGGAAGUCGAAUACGGCCGGCGGUUGGGAAAUUUCGACAAGAUUGUGACCAACGAUGAUCUCGAUCGGGCCGUGGAAGACUUUGACACAGCGGUGCGAGAUCUGUAUGGUCUGUAA